ACACUGUGGUCUGACGAAGACAUGAAAAAGGUCAUGAGAAUCAAAGGUCAUCAGAACACGUCCUUUGAUGUCACAGCAUCCGACUCCAUGAGAAAGAAAACCAAACUCCUCCAAAUCAGUGCUUCCUUAAAAGGCAGCUUCUUGUUAGGAUUAGUGAGUAUUGAAGGCUCUGCUAGUUUUCUAAAUGACAGAAUGUCGUCGUCCCGCCAGUGUAGGAUGACGAUGCAGUACAAAGAGACCACACUGUUUAAAGAGCUCAUAGCCACCGACAUGGAGAUCAAACAUCCGGAGAUUUUCGAGAGGAACGAGGCCACACAUGUGGUCACUGCCGUGCUCUAUGGUGCUGAGGCCUUCAUGGUUUUUGAUCAGAUGGCUGCAGACUACCAGGAAAAACAGGACAUUCAGGGCAACCUGAAGGUGAUGAUUGAUAAAAUACCCUUGCUCAAGCUGACGGGAGAGGGGAAAGUGGCCAUGACUGAGGAAGACAAACGCAGGGCGCGAAGGUUCAGCUGCAAGUUUCACGGCGACUUCAAGCUGAAAGAAAAUCCGUCAUCUUUCGAGGAGGCUGUGAUUGUGUACAAACGCCUUCCUUCCAUGCUAGGGCAGAAAGGGGAGGCUUCAGUGCCCAUGAAGGUCUGGCUGUAUCCGCUGAACAACCUGGAGCCCAAGGCCGCCAAAAUAGUGCGAGACAUCAAUGCAUCUGCAGUGUCCAUGCUCGAGUCUAUCAUCGAGCACCUCCACGACGCUAAGAUGAGAGCGCACGACCUGAUCAAGCUGAGCAAGAAUAUGAGCCUAACGGUCCUCAGGGACAAACUCGAGACGUUCCAGAACAAGCGCGCAGAGUACACCAUCGUCUUCAAGAGGAAACUGAAGGGGGUGCUGCCGCAGAUCAGAGGAGGGACGGUGCCGGAGACGGCCUUCACCGACAUCCUGAGGUUCCACGAGGAGUCCUCCUUCUCCAAGAUCAAAAUGAGAGAGUGGCUCAACGAAAAAGAGACUGAAAUCACAAUAGUCCAGUCUUACAUCAGCCUACUGGGCAGCACUUCACUUGUGCCACCGGGCCCAGAGCUGGACAAAGUUCUGUAUCAUCCAAAACUGGACACGGUCGUCAUGUUCAGCUUCACUUCACUGGAGCACCCCGAGCCGUACCUCUCUAACCUAGAAGAGUGCCUGAAUUGCGAAGACUUCGCGAAAAUGGAAGAUGUGAAGGUUGCGGUACAGAAAACAUUCUCGAAGAACACCGCGCCUUGGUACAAGUAUCCGGGAGCCAUCCCUGCCUUGCGGUCCUGCUCCCCAGUCUUCCUGGUGGUGAAGGCCAGGUGUGUGAGGAACCCUUUGCAUGCGGUGUUGAUCAGCUACAUAUCCGAUGAUUCUCACCCGGGAUCCUCCAUCCGGGUGUACAAGAACGGGCAGUGCAUAAACCCUCAUCUGAAACCCCCAGAGAAGAAGAAGGAGCGUGAGCUGGUGGUCAGUGAAGAUGAUGGGAGAACAAGCAACCAAAGAGAAGAGAACACCACUGAAGACUCUCUAACCUUUGAUGAUCAAGAGACCAAUGAGAUGAUUUUAAAUGUGAACCUAUCGGCUAACGGCUGAAGUUCCAUAAGGCCAGCAGAUACGUACACCGCCAGAAAAGAUGCUUGGCUUCAAUAGCCAUGGCCCGAUUACCAUUGGCCUGUCGGAUGGAGAGAGAGGCCUAUUUCAAGGGGAAGAAUAUUUCCAAACCAUACUAUGAGGCGGCACUUUUACAUAGUUGUUGUCAAAGAGUGAUGAUUUUGUGUAUCCUCAGUUAUGUAUUGCAUGUCUUUUUUAUAUUGUAACAGCUCUUUAUGUUUUUAUGCAUAAUUAUGAUGUUUUUAUGCUACAAUUAUUAUGUUGUAU